AUGUUACACUUUAGGAGGAUCGGUUCUGGCCUUGGGAAGUCAAACUGUUUAGACAGAAUCCUCAUAAUGAGGAAUAUUGUUUUGCCUAGAUCUAAACAGAAAAGAAGUGCUGGUUUUGUUAAGAGAAAAAAAUUCAAAAGCAUAGGGAAUGUUCACUUAGAUGAUAGAAUUCUUUCUGAUUUAGAUAAGCUCGAUUCGAAAGAAUUAGAACUGAAGAUUAAACGGUUGAAGACUUUUACAAAUGAAAUUAAGCAUCAAAUUAAAAAGACUGAACAGUUAAAGAAAAUUGAAAUGGAAAAUAAACUAGAAAGUGUUAAGGAUAGAGAGAAAGAUGCUGAAGAGUUGUAUUCGGCACUUUCUGGCGAUGGAAUUGGAACACAAAAUAAAUUGUUAACAUCUAGUGAGGGUUUGGAAGUUUCUAACUUGUCACAAUUUAUUGCAGCAUCUGAAAGUAAUCAAGUUGAUAAGCUAUUGCCACCAAUACUUAGAAAGAGAAUUGAGGAUGACGAUUUAAUUUUAUCAUCUUUACUAGAUUCAUCUAGUAAAGAUUAUAACCCAAUUAUACAUAAAUUGUACAAUAAUACUGAGCAACUACAAGGUAUAAGUAAAAAAAGUUUAAAAAACUGUGUUCUGAUUGUAGAUAAAUUGAGUUUCGAUAAUAUAGAAAAGUUAGAUAAAAUGUUGAUGAAUUAUGUCAAUGGGGAUAUAAUGAAGUUUGAUUCUUCGAUGUAUUUCACUAUAUUAAAAAAUUUAUCAAAUUUAAGUUCUACUAUGGAAAAUAAUAAUAUAAAUGAACAAUUUAAUAACAGCAUUAUUCUUAAAAUGAAAGAGUUAAUAAAAAGACAUGAUGAUUCAUUGCUAAAGGGAACGUCAGUUAGACUGAAUCAGAAUAUACUGAAUUUCUGCAUAAAAUUUUCAUCUCAAAUUGAAGAUUUUGAUAAUUUAAACUACUUCUUAACAAAAUUUAAAUCAUAUGGGAUAGUACCUAACAGAGUUAAUUACACUACCAUUUUACAAUAUUAUACGAGAUGUAAUUACGUUAAACACGCAUGGAAUAUUUUUGAUACUAUGAAAUUUUUAUCUAAAGAACAUUUCCCUGACACAGUAGCAUAUAAUUCCGUUUUAUUACUUUGCAGUAAAGAAAAGAAUUACUCAAAGGCAUUAGAUCUUUAUGAUGAAAUGAUUUCAUUCAAUGUAAUUCCUAACGUAAGUACACUAAAUAUAAUGGCAAAAGUCCUAGCCGUAUGCAGUAGGGAUGCAAAAACUAGUGAAGGAAAAGCAGAUUCAUUAAGAUUAUUAGGUUGGAAAUAUAUACAUCAAAUACAGGACAUUUCUGGCUUAAAUUUUUCAGUUUCUACUAUAGAAUCUAUGAUGGCUUUAGCAGCAUAUGACGGUGAUGUGGGUAUGGCUAGAGCGCUGUAUUAUAAAUAUAUCACUGGCAAGUAUAUAAAUAUAACUAGAACCUGGAAAAGUAAAUUAGAUCAGAAAGCUGUAUGGAGGCAGGUUUUAGAUCCAAAAUUCCUAAACUAUCUACUUCUCGCAUACGCAAAUUAUAACAAAAAUAGACUACCUAUACUACUUGGUUACGAUAAAGGUAUUAAACUUAGAAGAACUAUUAUUAAUAGUGUCGAUCAUUCUUCAAAAAUGAUUGCUGAUGAAGAUAGUCAAUAUUCUUUGCCAUUGUUGCCAUUGUCCGAUUUAAGCAAUCAUUGGGAGAUCCUGGCAGAAUCUAGAGCUAUAUGGCAAUUUAACGUCGAGAUUGGCGGACAAACUAAUUUACGGAGUUUUUCAAGAGAUUUAAUAAAAGAAUCUGAAAUCAAAGAUAUCUUGACUACGUCUAAGUCCUUCGAUGAAUUCAAAUUUAAUAUAAUGCACAAAAUUGCUUUAUUGAAAUCAACUCUUGUUGAUUACAAAACCUUAAGUCAGGCAAACAUAAUAAGUUAUUUAACAGUACCUUUAAAACUUGGAGAUAAAAAGGAAUUUUGGUUGAGAUACAAAGAAUUCACUUUCCAAGAACAUCAAUUAGAUGAAAAAUUGAAAACUUUUUAUAUGAAUGAGAAUUCUCUCUUAAACUCUAAAACUAAACCUACUAAUAACUCUGAUAAUAAGACUACUUCUGUUGAUACAGUUAAUGCAACGGAAACUUUCAUUGAUUAUUUGGUUUCUCUUAUUGCUAAAAUGUGUACUAAUUCAAGUGUCUACGAAAUUCUUAUAAAAGCAGCAACCAAAUUCAAAGAUAUUGAGUUAGCCACAAAGACUUGGAAGGACAGAGGUGAAUUCAGGAAAACAAGCACAUUUCAAAAUGCAACCAAAUCAGAUAGAAUGAAAAGUGAUGCUGAAUUUGCAAGAUUAAUGGUAAAUUUCUUCACAAGUGAAAGAUUAUAUUCAGACGCAUUGAGCAUUAUCAUGACCUCCCAAAAAUAUAUUAACUGGAAUUAUACUAUGGUAAAAGAACUUCAUAGUGGCUUAAUCAACUUGGAGGAUCAGCAUAGCAUUGAUCUUCUACUUAAUAUUGUAAAUAAAAAAUCACAAGUACAACUGAUAGAAGAAAAAAUUCUAGAUAUAAAAUUAUAA